AUGAGUGGUAGCUCAGUCGGGAUCACUCUCGUCGAUGCCAAAGGUUCAAUCUACCUCACAACCAAGAACGGGACCUUUCCACUAACUCUAUCUCCCAGCACACACACCGACGCCGCUUCGGACUCUCCAAACGUUAGCAGAACGGUCCCAGAUGACGCUGACUACUGGGACCGCAGGGAGAGCCUGUGGCUGGCGCAUCUCAACGACACCUCUGAUGAGGAGCUUAAGGGAGUCUCCAAGAGGUCCAUCAACGACGCCGUGUCCAAGAAUAUCACGCUGGUGUUAGAGAAUCUGCUGAAGAACUAUGAGAAUUCGCAGCUGCCGACGCAUGGGAAAGGGUACCCGACGGUGGUGCAGACCAACAUCCUGAUCCGCAGCAUGGGGCCCGUCUCCGAGCUCGACAUGGAUUACUCCAUGGACUGCUACUUCCGUCAGUACUGGCGCGACGCGCGGCUCUCCUUCCUCGGCCCCAUCCGCUCGCUCUCGCUCUCCAUCAAGAUGCUGGAGAGGAUCUGGAGACCGGACACGUACUUCUACAACGGCAAGCACUCGUAUGUCCACACCAUCACCGUGCCCAACAAGCUGCUGCGGAUCAGCCAGCACGGGGAUAUCUUGUACUCUAUGAGGUUGACCAUCAAGGCGAAGUGUCCGAUGGAACUGCGCAACUUCCCGAUGGACCGACAGUCCUGCCCGCUCAUUCUGGGCAGCUACGCGUACUCCAACCAGCAGCUGGUGUACCAGUGGCAGAACGCGGAGAGCGUGAACUUCGUGCCCGGCAUGACGCUCAGCCAGUUCGACCUCAUCAGCUACCCGUACCGGAACUUCACCUUCACCAGGCGGGAAGGUGAAUUCUCCGUCCUGCAGGUGUCGUUCAACCUGCAGCGGCACACCGGCUACUUCCUCAUCCAGGUCUACGUGCCCUGCAUCCUCAUCGUCGUGCUCUCCUGGGUCUCCUUCUGGAUACAUCGAGAGGCCACCUCAGACCGCGUGGGGCUCGGCAUCACGACGGUACUGACCCUGUCCACCAUCAGCCUGGACUCUCGCACGGACCUGCCCAAGGUGCGCUACGCGACCGCCCUGGACUGGUUCCUGCUGGGCAGCUUCUUCUACUGCAUAGCCACGCUGCUGGAGUUCGCUGGCGUGCAUUAUUUCACUAAGGUGGGGUCCGGCGAGAUCUUCAUCGACGACGCGGAGUGGGCGGAGCUGGUGGAGGAGGCGGGGGGGGACGCGGCCGCCGCGCGCCAGCUGGCCGUGCGCCGGCGCAGCUCGCAGCGCUCCGCCAACUAUAGCUUCUCCCUCCCCCCGCAAGCGCCGGCCUCACCCCCUCUCGGUGCAGUCCGACUCACCAUGGAGCGGACCACACAGACGGAGCGCCGAGUGCCACGGUGGAGACAGCUGCUGUACUGUCUGGCUGGGGAUGACCGGUACAGGCGGCAGCGGCAGAUUGAGGCUGGAAGCCGCAGUCACAUCAACAGUGUGUCGGGCAUCGACCGGGCGGCCCGGGUUCUGUUCCCGGCCUCGUUCGCUCUACUCAACCUCUUCUACUGGCUCAUCUACGCGUUCGGAGGCGACGACUUCGCGUGGAGUGACAACCCUAUCAACUCUCUGUCUCACUAGAAGAGCAGUGUUGACAACCCUAUCACUUACACUAGUCUCAUUAAAAGAGACCAGUUAAUUAUCAAAUGUUUCAGGUUCC